AUGGCAUACGAGGCCUCCCAUAACGUUGUUAUUGAUAAGGACGUUAGGUCGAGAGCCGAACAAGAUGCCCUCAACUUUACUCCAUCUCAAGUAGCGACGACGGUUUACGCCGCCUCGGCAGUGGAUACUUCUGUGGUCACAAGUGACUCACAGUAUCGGUGCCGGGCGGAUGCUUUGCAAGGGCACGAGACAACAGAUGACGGCGGAACUACGACGUCGAAAUAUACAUAUCGCAGUGAUAUUGACGCCAAAAGGUUCAUAAGGCGCAUAGAAGGGCGGGCCUACAACACUCUGAACGAAACAUAUUUUUUUCCAUCAGAUGACGAUGAAUGGGUUAGACUAAACAAGGAGCACGUCGCAUUUGUGCUAUCACUUGGAGGCCUUUACCCCGCCGCAGAUGAAGUCUCUGCGCUCUUGGCGCCCGUACCAGGUCAGAGAAAGAGGAUUUUGGACUUGGGCUGUGGAACAGGCGUUUGGUCAAUGGAUAUGGCUCACGACUUCCCCGAAGCUGAGGUCGUGGGUGUGGAUCUCGCUCCGGUCCCAGUCGACCUUGAAACCCUCCCUCCCAAUCUGCGAUUUGAGAUUGAUGAUAUCAACCUUGGGCUGGCCCAUUUCAAAGAUUCAUUUGACGUUGUGCAUAUGCGCUUAGUCGGAAGCGGAUUGAAGAAUUUUAGAAAGACCAUGAGCGAUGGCCAACGGUGUCUCAAACCUGGAGGAAUCGCAAUCUUUAUUGAUGCUGACUAUGACAUGUAUGCGGAAGAUCGGUAUACAUACGUGCCAUUUGCACUGGAAGAGGACGAGCAGAAUCCGGAACAGACCGAGCGCUCCUGGUGGCAGCGCAUAGUCUACGAAAUGAGACGAGGAGCUGUCAAUGUGGUGAAAAGUGACAUUUAUGGAAUGUCCAAAGCGAUGGACGAGGGGCUCUGGGAAGACGAGAUCAUGGAUCCAGAGACCUGUCGUACGGCCAGCCUUUACCUUCCCAUUGGUCCAUGGGCACAAGGAGAAUCGCAAAUGGAGACGCAGCAGAUUGGCUACCUUGGAGCAUUGAUCCGCCAAGAUGUCAUGAGCGCCCACCGUGCGGGUCACGCAGUGUUGAAGCGUCUUGGCUGGGAGCCCGACAGGCUAGAUAGGUGGUCUGAGUUAACUGAUAAGCAGAUGAUGAGCCUGAAACCGAAGACAUGGCUCAGGAUGUGCUACGCUUGGGGCCGUCGUCGUGCGGCCGAAAACGAGCCAGCCCCUCCUCUUUCACCCAUUGCACCCUCGACAAUAGCAGGUGCAGACCCAACAUUGCGGUACCCUCACUAUUAUAUUUAUCAAACACGAGAAGAAUCGUUGUGCGAAGCCGCCCUUAGAAAUCGUGGCAAAGACUGCGAGCCGCCCCCAUUGCCGAAAUGCUCGCCUCGUGCAACUGGAUCACCACCAUCUGUGACAAGCAUUCAGCAAAGGGGUGUAUGA